GAAUAUAAAUAUGCAGCUUUAAUUUCCAUUCAAUCGUUUGCAUAUCUUUUUUUUUUCCUUCAUCUCCCACAGAUGUAUCGAUUAUCAAUUUUGGCGAGUUUGGUGGCGUUAGCUUACGGCCACAGCAUUACCUACAAUGUUAUUUCGGCCGGUCCCACCGAUUCCGUUGCGGUAGUGGUGGAUAAUGUCAAGUAUCCUCUUUCCCCCUCCUCCGUGGCACCUAUUCUGUAUACGGGUGAAGCGCCUGCUGCUACCAAGGGUUAUCAUUACGUCCGCUUGCACGGCAAUCAGGUUCAAGACCAAGAAUCGUUUACGAGAAAGCCCGUGAACGAGGAUACUACCAAUGAAUUCUAUAAUCGAACUUGGAAUAGCCGAGAAAUUCGCCAGUUCCCCAAAUUGCUGGAAGAUCUUCCUGUGUUCAAUCGAAUGGAAUCUCAGUUACAUGUGGUUGGAGAGAUUCCAACUUUUUAUUUCUCAGCCAAUCAAAAGCAAAUUGAUAAUUUGCAUGAGAACAGCAUUGCGGAGAAUGAAGUGCUGACAAAUUUGACGUAUAUUAGAAACAAUGAAGUUCACCAAAUCGAUGGGGUCGAAAUGCAACUAUCGGGCCGAAGCUCGAGAUGGUUUCCGAAACUUUCCUAUAGUCUGAAGCUUCCCAAAGAACAGGAUUUGUUUGGAUAUCGCCGACUCAAGUUGCGGGCCUUUGCUACCGAUCCAUCUUACAUCCGUGAACAGCUCGGAUAUGAAAUUCUGCGAUCGGUCGGUGUUCCCGCCUCUUACAGUUCAUUUGCCAGAGUCGUGGUCAACGAUCAACCUUUGGGAUUGUUUGGCCUAGUCGAAGCAUUCAAAAAUCCUUGGCUUAAGAAUGAAUUCGCCGGUGGCGAAAAGUAUGACCAAGGCAUUCUGUUCCAAGGCGGAGGGGCUUCAGUCAAGUCCAUGCUGAGUAAAGCUCCCGCUGAUCUUGUGUACCGUGGCGAAGAUGAAUCUCAAUACGUCAACUAUAAGAUCAAAGAAGAACCUGACGAAGGCGAAGGUGAAGCUGACCGAAGUCGCAUCGUUGAGUUUACGAAAUUCUUGCAAAAUGCUCCUAUCACUGGCUCGGAUGCAGUCGAAGAAUGGGAUCAACACGUUGAUACACAGACGGUCAUCAGAAACAUGGCGCUUGAAUACUUGCUUGGCUUCGUUGACGGAUACAUCACCAAUGCAGAUAAUUAUUAUCUCUACGAUGACCCAGAGAGCCAGCGUUUCAUCUACAUGUCCUCGGAUCUGGAUUUGUCCCUCGGAUCGUCUUUCAAGGUUCUGGACACCAUCUUUGUCAAUGACUAUGAGAAGUAUCCUGGUUUUAACUACACUAAUCGGCCGUUGCUCAAGUUGCUCAAGAUUCCUGAAGUCAAGAAGCAGUUCCAAGACUUGUUGGUCAAGGUGGCUCGUGAACUGAUGGUUCCCAACAAGAUCAAUCCUUACAUUGACGAGCUUGUCAAUUUGAUUCGUGAAGACGUUGACUGGGAUUGCACUCUUCCCCGUGUCAAUGCCAAUUUCGAUGUCUCUACGGUGUUCGACCCUCAACACCCCGACAAGGUGGACGGAGACGACUUGUUUGACGGAAGAGUUGCUGAAGACAUGUUUAACCGUGUCUUCCAUGACCACGUUCCAUUGCGUGCCGCUAUCAAUGGACCGACGGGCCAUAUCUCACUCACCUCCAUCAAGGAAUGGUUUGCCCGCCGCAGCAGUGGUGUGUUGCGUACUUAUGCUUAAUUGGAUGGAUUUCCUUUUUUUCAUCCCACGAGAAAAACCAAAAGAAAAAAAAAAGACCCCCAUCAUCUGUAUUUUCUACUUAAGUUAAAGAAUAAAAAAAUUAUGUAGCUUUUGA